AUGGACAGUGUACAGCAAAUUCUCGUUCAUCUACUGGACGAAGCGGACUCAGGCGCUGACUCAGAUCAUGGCGACUGCGAUCACGGCCAUCACCACCACCACCUCCGUCAUAUCAAGGACCAACUGGACGAUUUGGAGCCCCCUACACAUCUCCAAUUACUUCACCAACUUCUCUGUGUCCGCACACCGGACCCGCCGCUCCCGGAAGACAUUCUCGUCGGGAUAGACUCAGUCUUACAGCAACAAGCAUCCCAUCGUGUCCUGACAUUGGCGGGUUCUAUUCAACCGACAAUCACACUCAAAAGUGCGAACCAUAAGAGCGUUAGAGUUGCGCUCUGGCAAGGUGACAUCACGACUCUCACCGGCAUCACUGCAAUCACCAAUGCCGCAAACAGCCAGGGACUCGGCUGCUUCCAGCCACCACACCGCUGCAUAGACAAUGUCAUUCACUCUGCUGCUGGCCCCCGGCUGCGGGACGAGUGCUACCUGGUCAUGAACCAAAGAGGCCGUGAACUCGGACCGGGCGAAGCGAUAGUCACAGACGCGUAUUGCCUACCAGCGAACCAUGUGGUACAUACAGUCGGGCCGCAACUGCAACGCGGCUCAAAACCAACGACAAACGAGACUCUUCAUCUCGCCCAAUGCUAUCGCAGCGUUCUUGAUGCAGUCGAACCGCUGCCCGCGACGCCGGAUGGCAGGAAAAUUGUCGCGUUAUGCGGCAUCUCGACCGGCUUGUUUGCCUAUCCGGCGCGAGAUGCAGCAGCCGUCGCGGUCAGCGCGGUCGCAGAUUGGCUCGAGCACCACGAGGAUACGUCCAUCACCGAUAUCAUCUUCAACACCUUCACGGACGCAGAUCAUGCCGUCUACCAGGAGAUCCUGGCCUCUCCCCCGCAUAUUCCUACAUGGAUGGGGCGGGCAACGCCGACUUUCACUCCGCCGGCAAGUGCGAAUCAUCCGCCGCUGAUCCAGUGUGACUCGCUGGACCGGGCCAGGCAGUGGCUGGACGCGGCUGACGCAGUCAUUGUGAGCGCCGGUGCCGGUCUCUCUGCUUCCGACGGGCUGGAUUACACUUCGUCGGCCCUGUUUGCCAAGAACUUUCCCGGUUUCUUGAAGUAUGGGCUGCGAACUCUGUACAGCGUUUUUGGCUUCAACUCCUGGCCAACGGAGCAGAAUCUAUCGAACGCUCAUUUCAUGGCUUGA